GAUCUCUCUUGGAGGAAUAUCCUCUCGGUGAGCUGCGGCUUUAAUUUUGAAAAAAGAAAAAAAAAUGCAAGCCUUUUGCAGCAAGUCGAGCAUGCGGGUUUGAACCCUCUUCGUCCACGGAUGGGUCUGGCGGCGCCUAUCGCCUGAGACAUCAGUUGCAAUCCUCGGCGAGACGCAGACGGGAUGGGGGAGCGUUCGGACCGAGCCCCUCUGCUGGACUGGGAGGAGGUUCCGUCCGCGGAGAAGCCCACCGGUGCUGACAACCGGGAGCGACUCCCAAGUCCCUGUGGCUCGCCGGCUUCCACCGUGCCGGGGCUUGGGUGGAGCGGCGCUCCGGGGGGUCCAGACGGCUGCGGCGCCCCGCCCGCGACCUCCAUCACCCAGGCGGGCGUGGAUGGAUUGCUGCGCCCCGACGCAGUGGAGCAUCCCUCGGAUUCAGGACCCGGGGAUGUGCAGCUAGAAGAACGGAUCGUGACGUGGGAGGAAAAGGACCAAAUCGUCUCGGUUUUUGUGGUUGCGUUCAACACCAGAACAGGCAACAUGCUUGAGUGGUGCCUGCCCAAGGAUAUGGACCUGGAUGGAGUGGAGUUUAAAGCCAUCGCCAGCGGCUCCCACAGAGUCACCACAGACUUCAUAUACUUCCGGAAAGGCUCCUACUUCGGCUUGGCCUGCUUUGCCAACAUGGCGGUGGAGAGCGCGGCGGAGCGCGGCGCCAGGAUGAAGUCGGUGGGCAUCCUGUCGCCUUCCUACACUUUGCUCUACCGCUACAUGAGCUUCUUGGAGCACCAAGUCAGACUCCAGCUUCAAUCCCCGGGCCACUACUCUCCCUUGGAGGCCUUCUACGAGGACAAGAGGGCACUGCAGCUCCCUAGCAGCGAUGACAUCGUUUCUCUUUGCCCCAUCAGUGCCUGGGGGGCCGCCAUCAAUCACAGCAUGCAUCCAGAAAUGAAGAUCACCCACCCGGCUGGCUGCAUGUCCCAGUUCAUCCGCUUCUUCGGCGAGCAGAUCAUGGUGUUAUGGAAGCUGGCGCUGCUCCGCCGGCGGAUCCUCAUUUUCUCCCCGCCCCCAGUGGGCGUGGUCUGCUACAGAGUGUACUGCUGCUGUUGCCUGGCAAACAUCUCCAUCCCCGGGGUGGGCGUGGCCGUGCCCGAGUUCAGGCCUUUCUUCUACGUCAACGUGGCCGACAUCAGCGCGUUGGAGAACGAGCUCUCCUACGUGGCCUGCACUACCGAGAAGAUCUUUGAGGAGAAGCGAGAUCUCUACGACGUCUACGUGGACAACCAGAACGUCAAGACCUACCGAGAAGGUCUCAAGCCAUUGCUCCGCAUCAGCACCGCCGAUCGGGAGAAGUAUCGCAAGCUCACCGAGCAGAGGAAGAUGCUGCUGUACUCCCAGGAGGAGAACGGGGACUGCGUGUCCAGCGAAGAAGAUCUCUUUAUUCUGUUUUUCCUGGAGCAGAACAACAGGAUUUUCCAGAUCCUGAGCGAGGUGGCGGCCAGCUUGGACCCGACGCUGACGGCCGAGAACGUGAGGGCCAUGGGCCUGGACCCGCACGGCGACCGGCUCUUCCUACUCCACCUGCUGGAGAUCUACGGCUUUGACACGCUGCUGCUGUCCGACCAGCUUUGCUGCAGCUGAGACGCCCAUCCUGGCAUCCGAAAAAAACGAAUCAUCAUUUUUGGUUGAUCUUUUUUUUAUUAAUAAUCUCGUCGCGUCCUGUAAAUAAUUUUUUUGUCUUUUCAGUGUCGGUCUGCCGCAGGCCGAGUUGAAGCAUUUAUGUACAAAUCAAUUUAUUUGUAAAACGUCAACGCUGUCAUUGAACUGUAUUUGAAGGACGUAUUUUUUUUUAUUUUUUAGCCGGAGCUGAGACCAAAUUGAAAUCUUUAAAGUGGUGUCGGCGCAGACCUUUUUGCACGCUGCCAGCUGAGCCUCCUCAUCCAACGUCCAGUUGGGCUUUGAACACUAAGACAAGCACAGCUCCGCAGGGAGGAAGCUAAGUCUUUUUUUUUUUUUUCCUCUGUCGUGGUACCUUAAUUUAUUCCCCCAUCGAAAUGAAUUCUUGCCCAAAUCAUAAAAACA